AUCCCCCCCCUCGGAGCAGUGCAGCCCCCUCCCCCCGUGCAUGCAGCUCCCUCCCCCUCGCACCUGACGUCAGCUUUCUGGGCUUCUCCUCCAAGCCCCUCCGAUGCAUUUGGACUCUCGGCUCUGGCACCGGGAACAAUGAGUCGCUGCCGGCUUGCAAGCUUCGCCCGCGCCUGCCUCCUGCUCCUGGCCGGCUGCUGCUGCAGCAGAGGAGGAGCGGAUAGCAAUGUGGCAGUCUAUAUGCCGGAUUUGGUGGAGGCAAAGCUUGGGGAUACAGCCAUUAUCAAAUGCGAAUUCGCCCUCCCAGAGAAUGGCAGCUACGUUUACGUCAACUGGUACUCGAUGGAGAAGGGCAAAAUGGAAAGGAAGAAGCUCAUUUACAUGGUCCAGGGCAAAGAACACCAAGAUGAGCCUCCCAAUGACCGGUUAAGCAUCACACCUGAUUUCUUCCUCAAGAUUAACAAGGUGGUCCUGCAGGAUGCCAAGAAUUACGUGUGCCAGGUGGGGCUCGGCAUGCACGGCGUCGCUGAGAACCGGAGUGAACUGCACGUCUCCAAAGCUCCAGAAAAACCUGAGAUUCAGAAGACUAAUCGUGGUAUCAGCACAGGAGACCCUCAUUUGAGUGAGAUUGCAACCUGCACCAGCCGCAAUGGCUAUCCAACACCAACCCUCACUUGGUACAAGGAUGGAGUCCCUCUGAAGUUGGAUGGGAAUGGUGAGUUAUUAACAGAAAUUGAGAUCCGUCCCGGGCUCAUCAAGGAAUCAAGUGGCCUGUGGACUGUCCGCAGCACCCUUUCGGCAAAAGUCACCAAAGAAGACCGCAGUGCUGAGUUCUACUGCCAAGUCAGUUACACCCUGAUGGGGAAUAACAAGACAUCCAAGUCGGACAGCUUCAAAGUCGACGUUCAUUAUCCCUCUGAGAGUCUCCGCUUUGUGGUUGAUGCUCCAGGCCCGGAUGUGAAGGAGGGAGAUAAUGUGACCCUGCGCUGCGAAGCAGAUGGGAAUCCCCCACCUCUGUAUACUUUGUACAGAAUGGAGAAGGAGGAAGUCUCCGAACAGGGUUCUGAACAGGGGUUCCUGCACCUUUACAACAUCAACAAGGAGCGCAGUGGGGUCUACAUGUGCAAAGUGCUUGACUUGCAGGAUGUUAUGCUUGUGGAGCUGACGGCCAACGUGACUCUGCUGGUGAACUAUCUUGAUGAGCCUAUGAUAACCUCUGUGCCUCCAGUGACCUCGCUCAGACAGCUGCAGGAAGGAGAGGAUGCGCUCCUUACCUGUAAUGCAACAGGCUCCAAGCCCUUGGCAUUCCACUGGGAAAAGAAAGGGAGGGUGAUUGAGAAGGGGAAUCUUCUGAACUUGACCAACGUCAGCUUCGACACCUCAGGCAAAUACACCUGUGUUGUAGAGAUGCCGAUGCCAGGCACCCCUGCUGUUUCCCGCUCCAAACAGGUUCAAGUGACCGUCCAUGCAAAACCAGUUCUGGUCGCACGGAAGGAAGUGGUGCAUGUGCAAUCAGGCGAGAUGGUGAACUUAACGUGCACCGGGUACUCGACACCCCCCUUGCUAAUCUCAUGGAGUGUCAAUGGAUCGGUCUUUACCUCAGUCAUGCAGGGUCAUCAGCGCAACAGCACAGUCCUGUUCCAAGUCACUGAAGCCCUUCUAGAAUCGGGAGUCAAUUGCACCGCCAAAAAUAGGAUGGGCACCACUCAGCACCACUUCAUGCUGGCACAGAGGCAAGAAGGAGGAACUCCCAAUGCCAAGACUGCAGAGCAGACAGCACAGGAGAGCAAAGGUGUGAUCAUUGUGGCCGUCGUCAUCUGCAUCCUGGCGAUUGCUGUCCUGGGCGCCGUCCUUUACUUCCUGCACAAGAAAGGGAAGCUCACCUGUGGCCGCUCAGGCAAACAAGAGAUCACAAAGCCCGAAGCGCAUAAAGACGAGAUUGUAGUUGAAGUUAAGUCAGAUAAACUUCCUGAAGAGGCGGGGCUCCUGCAGGGCGCCAACGGUGAGAAGAGAUCGGCAGGUGACCAGGGAGAGAAAUACAUCGAUUUGAGGAACUGAGAAAGGAGAGACAGCUGCGCCCCUUCGAAGAUUUCUCCUGUUCCUUCUCGAUGCCUCCACCCCUCUUGCUCCCCCGGUCAUAGUCUUUCAGAGGCACAGCAGCAGCAAAUUAAGGCACAAUAUGGCUCCACAGCAAAUAAUACUUUGCAACCUCACCCUCAGGUUUUUGAAGGACAAAGCAGCUGAAGCAAAUCAGCAGUUUUCAGACCAAAAAAAAAGGGAGUCUUAGUUUAAAAAUUACUCCCUUUAGAGAAUCCACGUUAAGGAGGGGUUUUUGAGCGGGGCAGGUAGAGGAACAUAUAGUCUACCAUAAUUGUAUGGGGCUUCAGUCAGUUUGUAAAAGAAAAAAAUAUAACAGCGAAGCGCUUGCUGAGCUGAAUUGGUUGGAGAUUUUUUUUUUUUUGAGACUUUGUAAAUUGGAGAAGAAAACUUUAAAAUCUUACCUUAUAGACAGGAUUGGAGAAUGGCGAGUGUGUGAUGGAUUUGGCUCCGUCUGGCAUGUAGAAUACUUGUGGAAAGCCAGAGUUGCCUCAGCUGUUCUUUGAACUGUUGCUGUUCUUCGCAGCAAGGUGCUGAAGGAAUCAGCUGCGCUUCAGAAGCCCUAGCCCUCAAAAGGGCAGAGGGUGGGGUGGGAAUGGAGGCAAGAAGUCUUAAGGACACUCACUAGGGACUCAGCUUCAUUGAAGUCAGUGCUGCUUACUUCCAAUUUAAUAUAAAGGAUAACUGUACAGAGAGGAGGCUCUCUCUGCACUUCAGAUGUUAUGACAGGAAUAAAGUCUCUUUUUUGUACAAACACUGUAUAGUCACACUUGUUUUUACCCAAGAACGUAGGUUAUUGUCCCUUCUGUCCCCCCCCCCAAA